CGUCAGCAAGUCGGUACACUGAGCGUUACUGCGCAAAGCAUGACUUUCAUUUCUACCUUUUUUUGCGAACAUGUUUAUAUUUUCGUGUACAAAGGUGACUAUUUGCUGGAUUACAAUGCAAGCUCAGACGGUGAUGGAGCGGAAACCACAGCGGUCACAUCGUCGGCGUACAUAAAGAUAUCGGCCCCAUCUACGGAUACCGGCAAGUCGUUUAAGAGGAUGCUGAAAAGAGUGUUGGACAGACACGAGCCUUGUGGCACGCCCAUUGCAGUCUCCAGCUCUUCUGAUGUGGUCUGCCCCCCGUCUCCUGAAACUACUUGUUUCCUGUUAGACAUGAAGGAAGCUAUAAGCGACAGAGCUGGACCCCGUAUUCCGUAGUGUUCGAGCUUGUCCCUAAUGAGCUCGUGAUUAGCACUCAAUGUCUCAAGGUCUCAAUGACCCUUGAUUUUACGACAUGCCCGGAAAGGCAAGCUGCUGGACCAAUAAAAACAAUUUAACU